AUGGGAAUCACGUCAUCAGCAGAUCUGAAACCGGAGAAUCCCAAUCCCAAAUCUCAAAACAACUCAGAGGAAUUGGGAGAUGAUGAUUCGUCGUCGUCAAGUGUUUGGCGAGAUCGAUUACGAGAGUUUAUGGAAGAAGGUGGUGGUUGCAAAGAAUCAUAUAAUGUUUUUCGAGAUUGCACUGAAGAAGCUGAGAAGAACAAUGAAAGUAUCGGUAAGUGUUUGCCGAUGCUGAACAAGUGUAUGGAGGCCCAUUCCGAUUACUAUCAACCUAUUCUCGCAGCCGAGAAAGCUGCUUUAGAACGGUUAACCAAGGGUUUCAACAAGCUCCCAACGGUUGGGAAAGUUUCAGAUCAUCAACAAAACGACGAGGAAGAAGAAGAAGAAGAAGAGAGGGUAUUAGCUUUCCUCAAAGGUGGUGCUUGCAAAGAUUCCUUUAUGGCUUGGCUUGAUUGUUCUGAGGAAGCUGAGAGAAACAAACAAGAUUUCAUCACUAAGUGUGCUCGAGUCUCUGCUACGUUAUCCAAGUGUUUGGAUGAUCAUUCUGAUUACUAUCAUCCGGUUCUCACUUUGGCUAAAACUGCUGAAGAACACAUGGAGAAGGAGCUCGAAGCUUUUUCUCUCCCGGAAGCAAGCUUACACAUGGAGAAGGAGCUCGAAGGUUUUUUUUUUGUUUUUAAUGUUUUGAAAAUAUAUGAUUGGUGUGACAGUCUUGUUCACCACAUUCUUUCAAAAGAUAUGAUUGAUUGCAAACUAGGAUCAGAGACCGUUCGCAAAUUAGGUACGAAGAGUUUCAAAGUUGAAUAGAAAGAAUCAUAUAGACUGAA